CUUUCAACAUACUUGGCUGGGCCUUCCCCAGCGGCGAGGGCGUGGCCCGUUGUACAAGUAUAACAACAAUUGGCCCAGCGUAGCAUGCCCGUGGUGGUGGCGUCAUCGUGUCUCCUCGAUCCCCUCUCGUUCCUCCCUCGUCGCCUCAUCAAUUCAAGAUCCAAUCUUUGCUGCUGCCACUCGGCGAUCCGAUCGUUCUCGAGCAAGGUCGGUGGCCAUGGCACGCUGCCGCCAUCACCUCCUCCUCCUUUCCGUCUUACUUGCCUUGGCUGCUGCUGCUGCGGCGCAGAGUCAUGGAAAAGCCUCCGCCGUCUUCAUCGAUGCCUCGUCGCACCGCUACCUUCGGGACCAGCAAGCCGACCACCAGGACGCUUCAAUGUCGUUAAAUGAAGUUUCUGCGGUUGUUUCUGUCUUGCUUGGUUUCGCACCGUCAACAUCCCUACCAGCUAUUUCUUCUUCGAAGUUGAACAAAGUUCUUCUUCCUAAUCCAUUUGAUAGACCGCGUGCUGUUUUCCUCGUGCAAAUUGAUGGGUUCAAUGUUCCUAGCUUCGUAUCUGAAGGCAGCAACAUUUUCAAGACCAGGAUUGAAGGUGCAAACAUCGCUGAUACAGGGCUUACAGAUAAGGAUGACUUAAUUGUCAUUCAUUCAGAUGAAUCUCUAGAUCUCUCUCGAUCAGAUUAUCUUGAUAAUGAACUUUCCAGCUUGGCAAACUGGUUGGAGGGAUCUUAUCAGAAGUCUACCGGCAAACUAGUCAUUCCCUUGGAGAAUGGAAACAGUCUUACUUUGCAACUUGAUAAGGAAGCAGACAAGGAAUUCAUGUCCAGCUUGGCUUCCCUUCUUAAGACUAUUGAAAGGGCGAUCCAGGUUCAUGAAGAUUUCUCAGGUGUCGUGAACCCUGCAGAGUUAUUAGAAUGUCACUUCACAGGGUUGAAGGCUCUGGAGAAUGAAUAUGGUUCUGGUGAAAUUGUUAAGCAGGGAACAGAAAUAGUUCAGAGAGCUGUCACCAAAUCAUUCCAGUCCCUACAUGAAGCAUACAAAGGGAAAAUUGUUGGGCUGGUAAUAUCCACAAAUGAGGCUCCAUCAUCCUUAGGAUCCAUAAUUGACGCACCAUCUUCACUGCACAUUUCAAGACGGCUAGAAGAAGCAAGCAAGACUACAGACAUAGCCUCUGUCGUACUUGUUCGAAAGAGCUUGGCAUGGAUUACAGGGAUCAUCCUGCUUGUUUCAACUCUCAUAGGGGUUUGCUUGCUUAUGAACAUGCCACUUACCAGGGACACCCUCCUGUACUCGAAUGUCAAGAUCGAUUAGUUUGAAGGGGUGUUCGCGGCAGCUACUCUUGGGGUUCAACUUUGGCCUUGUGUAUUUAUGGGAUGGAUUUCAGAUGGUAGAGACGUAUGCUUGUGCUGUUCACAAAACCAGUGUACAAUGUGAUACUAGGUGCUACGUGCCUUUCUUUUUUUAAUCUGUGCUUCCAUCUUGCCUGUAUGGGCUGUUUUGUUGUUGGGUUCCCGGUAAAUAAUCCAGAGCAGUGGCACAAACGAUUAGUUGUUGCAGAAUGCUACUGCCUUUUCUGAAUAAAUCUGUCAUUGUAAUCGAAUUUCAACUUGAAUAACAGUGUGUAUGCUAUGUUUGUGGCGCU